AUGCCACUCAACCUGGCCCUCCACCACCGACCCCCGCGUCCGCACCGCCGUCUCCUCCCUCUCACGCCAGAGCUCAUCUCCGCCGUGGACAUCAGCUGCGACGGCCGGCCGAUCUACUCCAAGGUCCUGGUCACCGAGACGUCCUCGCCCUGGUUCCUCUGCACCCCCUUCAGGCUGGACCUCCUCGACCCCAAGGAGACCGUCGCCACCCCGCUCGACCCAGGCGGCGGCGCGUGCGCCGCACGCGCAGCCGACCGCCUGCGCGUCAGCUGGAUACUGAUCGACCCGGCCGCCGGGAGGGCGGCCAGCGUGGCGAGCCGGAGGGCAGUGGUGGCGCGGCGGCACUGGCUGACGGGGGACCUGCAGCUGCGGUACGCCGUGGUAGUGGACGCCGGCGGCGGGAGGCUAGCGGAGUGCGCGGUGGCGGUUGCGUGCCGCUGCGGCGGCGGCGGCGGGAUGAGGGUGGUGGAGGUGAGUAUGCAGGUGGUGGGGGUGGAGGGGAGGGUCCUAGCCGGGAUGGAGGGGCUCGGGGUGAUUCAGGCGGCCAUGGAGGCCGGACGGACGAGGCCGAGCGGCAGCGGCGGCGGCGGCUGGGAGAGGGACGUCUACGCGGCGUUUGCAAGGAUGAAGGCGCGGUGUAGGGAGGGGAAAGAGAAGAGAGAGAAGGGGCUGGACACCGCGUGCGUGGCCACCGGAAUCGCGAUUUUCGUGGCCUUCUUUGUAUUUUUACUGUCCCGGUGA